AUGGCAACUACCGAGGAAUUGCAAAAUUUCGUACUUACAACACUUGAAAAGACCAAUAGCAUUGAAGAUUCCAAAGAGUUGACAUUCAAUGGACAACCUGUUGACCAACUUGCACUUCUUGGUGCUCUCAACAGUUUAAAGUCUAAAGAGAUGAUUGACUUUAAACCUAUUGAACGUAUUUUUUGGGUUUUAACUGAAGAAGGUAAACAGUUGGCAAAGGAUGGUAGUCACGAAGCUCGUGUUUUUGAGGCCAUUCCUGCUGGUGAAGAAGGUCUUCCUAUUGCUGAACUCCAAGCUAAAUUUGGUCCUUCUGCUAAAGCUGGCCAAGGCAAAGCUUUUAAAAAUAAAUGGAUUACAAAAAAGGGAAACAACUUGGUACGUUUAGUUGAUAGCAUCGUUGAUGAAACACAAAAAGAUUUAAAGGAAAUCGAAUCAACUGGUACCUUGAAGGAUGCUAAAGUGCUCAAUGAAUUGAAGAAAAGAACUUUAAUUGAUAAACAGAAAUUUACUUCAUAUCAAAUCUCUAAGGGACCUGAUUUCUCUUUGGAAGUUAAGAAGGAAGCCACUGAUAUUACCCUUGAAAUGCUUCAAUCGGGUGAAUGGAAAAAUGCUACUUUCAAAAAGUAUAAUUUCGAUGCAGCAGGUGUUCCUCCUGCUGGUGGACAUCUUCAUCCCUUGAUGAAGGUUCGUCAAGAAUUCCGUGAAAUUUUCUUUGAAAUGGGCUUCCAAGAAAUGCCUACCAACUGUUUUGCUGAAUCCAGCUUCUGGAAUUUCGAUGCACUCUUCCAACCUCAACAACAUCCAGCCAGAGACGCUCAUGAUACCUUCUUCUUGAAAGAUCCUGCUACUUCAGAUCGUUAUCCUGCUGACUUGAUGGAAAAGAUCAAAAAGACGCAUGAAAAUGGUGGUGAUACAGGCUCAAUCGGUUACAACUAUAAUUGGAAAGAAUCUGAAGCUCAAAAGCUUAUUUUACGUACUCACACAACAGCUGUCAGUUCUUAUAUGCUUUAUAAAUUAGCCGAACAAACCAAGAAGACAGGAUUCUUCCAACCUAUUAAAUACUUUUCCAUCGAUCGUGUCUUCCGUAAUGAAUCUGUCGAUGCCACUCACUUGGCUGAAUUUCAUCAAAUUGAAGGUGUCAUUGCCGAUAAAAACUUGACUUUGGGUGAUUUAAUUGGUUUCAUGGAUGUUUUCUUCAAAAAGAUGGGUAUGGAUAAGAUUCGUUUCAAGCCUACUUAUAAUCCUUAUACUGAACCUUCAAUGGAGAUCUUCAGUUAUCAUGAGGGACUUAAGACUUGGGUAGAAAUUGGUAAUUCAGGUAUGUUCCGUCCUGAAAUGUUAUUGCCCUUGGGUUUGCCUCCUGAUGUACGUGUCAUUGCUUGGGGUUUGGGUCUUGAACGUCCUACCAUGGUCAAGUAUGGUAUUUCUAAUAUUCGUGAUCUUUUGGGUCACAAGGUUAAUAUUGCAAUGAUUAAGGAUUAUCCUAUUUGUCGUUUGGAUAAGAAGAUGGGUAAAGAGUUAGUUGGUUUAAGUGAGAAUUAA